AUGGCUCUCAAGAAUAUCCUCGUUACAGGUGCGACUGGGAAACAGGGAGGAGCAGUUAUUCGCGCGCUCCUCUCCAGUCCAACUCCCAGCUUUCACAUCUAUGCACUCACACGCAAUGCCUCAUCGCCAUCUGCACAAGCUCUAGCAUCAAAACCAAAUAUCACCGUCGUGGAAGGCGAUACCAGCAAUCCGGCACCAAUUUUCACAUCCAUCUCCCAGCCUGUUCACGGCGUGUUCUCAGUCACAGUCCCCAACCCAUUCAAAGCCGGCUCCUUCGAAGAAAACCAAGCCAUCCCUCUCAUCGACGCCUCUGUCAAGCAUGGCGUGAAGCAAUUCAUCUUCACUUCCGCUGAUCGUGGUGGACCUGGAAAAGCAGACAACGAUCCCACUCCAGUCCCGCAUUUCAUCACCAAAUUCAACGUCGAGAAUCAUCUCAAAUCAAGGAAUAUGCAAUGGACGAUCCUCCGCCCUGUCGCUUUCUACGAGAAUCUGACUCCAGACUUUAUUGGCAAGGGAUUUGCAGCGAUGUGGAGACAAUUGGGAGACGUGAAGCUUGGCUUAGUCGGCACCAAGGACAUUGGACUCGUUGCUGCGAAAGCGUUUUUGCAUCCAGAGAAUUAUGCCAAUCGAGCAGUCACUUUAGUUGGUGACCAGCUCACUUUUGCAGAAGCAGACAAGGCGUUUGAAGAUGUGGUUGGAACCAAGAUGCCAAUAACGUUCAACUUGGUCGCUAGUGGGCUCAAGUGGAUGAUUCAUGACCUGGGGGCGAUGUUCAAGUGGUUUGGGGAGGGCGGAUAUGCUUGGGAUAUGAGUGGUGUGAGGAAGGAGGAACAGCUGAUGGAUUUUAAGACUUGGUUGAAGAGUGAGAGCAAGUUUCAGAAAUCGUGA